GUCAGACAGAGAAUGCAUGUGAGGUGUAUUCACUCAUACGUUGCUAGACAAAUCGCGACAUUCGGUCUAUAAAGGUCUGCGAGAAGUCGAGCACAUUUACGUUAAGGAGUAAAUCUACUGAUCUCAAACGUCCUAAUAAUGAUAUCGCCUAUCACGUUGUAAGUUCUCUUUUAAUCGAGCCCUUUUACAGUCGCGUUGUUAAUCGUGUUAAGGUCAUAUAUUGCCCCUGGACUGAGAAUAAUGGCUUCCUCCUUGAGUCAGUUACGUUUGCUGCAUGGUGUUCUUAAUCACGUUUGCUGUAAAAUUUGUAAAAACAUCGGUCAAGUCAAAGUUCAAGCUUUGUCAUUUAAUGCUACAUGCCAAGUACCAGAUUCAAGGAGCAACUGUAAUGUGGAGCUUGGUGUGACAAGGAAUGGUGAAACAGUAGUGUGUGUUCAUCCUGCCAAAGACUUUUCUUAUGAGUUUACUAAACCCAUCCCCAGGCAAGAUUCCACCACUGAUCCUGCAGAAAGCUUUGAUCUGGUACUAAAGUCUCAUCUCAACCAGAAACUUAAAAAUAAAAAGUCAUCAACUAUGGACGAGCUUAGCCAAGUGUUCCACACCACAAAGCACUGCUGGUACCCCGCUGGACAAUACCAUACACGGCGCAGAAACCAAAAUCCUCCAAAAGACAGAUAGUUUCUGAUGAAAAAUGAUGUGGGUACAAUUAAACAGGAUACACUUCUUGUGGUAAAGCUUCAGUGAUCUCAAUUGCAAUCAAAGUGUAAUACUGUAUUUGUUUUACAGAAGUUCAAAUAUUAUUUUGCAUCCCAUGUAUGAAUAAACAAAUGUGUACUUGCCUUUCUAGUCUGUUUUUUUAGUCUAUUUUUAUGCCUUUAAAAACUAAUACAGCAAGCUGGGCUCAUAAUAUAAAUUAUGUUCCUCUGAUCUGUACUGCAAAUAUCACACCAUUGUUGUGAUUGCACUCAAUUUGUACCUUGUGUUGUAUAAUUAUUACACAACAAUUGUUAAUACUUAUAAUGCACUGUGUCCACUUCCAAAGUAUUUACGUACUUGUUAUCGGUGUCCCGCAAAGGUAGUGAGAAAAACCUAAGCACAGGUAAAAUUCCAUCCUUUGAGAAAGCAGGCGAGGUCACUCUGAGAGUGAGGGGGAAUUUUACCUGUAUUCACGCUGUGCUGGCACAACAAAUAGAGACUGAUUAUCACAGCAAUCAAACUAAGGAUCCAUGAUGUAUUGAAUAUUUUGAUGGCUGUGAGUGAUUGCUGACUGCAUUAUAGUGUGUGGUGAUCUCUGAUGUAUUAAUGGGUAUACCGUUACAAGUGUAAUAGAGCACACACUCUUCUUAAGCAAAGGUUUAGCUAACAAUUCGGUUGAGUUGAGUGGUGAAUUAGAGCGAGAGACAGAUACAGAGACAAGCAGACAGUCUAGUUGAUUCGGGUCCAACUUGGUCCUAGUGUAUGGACUUAAUUGUUAUUUAUCUACAUAGUUUAAGCUGCUACAUGCCAUGUAUAACUUUUGUACAGUUUUGUAAAUAUUUGUAAAUAGUUUGCACCUUGUUGAAGAACUUGUUGGACUAAAUAAACUCACUCUGCACUUUGGCCCAUA